AUGGAUCCAUCACAACCAUGUAACUUAUCUCCAUCAACAGUAAUGCCAAUUUAUCAAUUAGCACAACCAUGUUGGUCAUCACCUGUAACUACCGAUGCUAUGAAAUCACAAACAAGUACUCAAAUGAUUGGUAUACAAAUCUCACCAUCAGCUAUGACUGAUGUUGAAUCUCGAUCAACAAUGCCAAUGGGAACUCAACCAACAUCAAAAUCAGGACAAAUGAUGUCUGACACUUCUGUUCGACCAUUUGUUGGAGUACAAUCACAACAAGCAACAGCUUAUACUCGUACAGCACGAAAUAUGCCACCUAAUAAUUCAACUGGAUUUUUAGAUUCAAUUGUAGUUGCUGAACAAAAACCAUUAACAUUGGCUGCUCUUGCUAAUGCAACACCAUUAGAGCAAAAACAAAUGUUAGGUGAACGUUUAUUUCCAUUGAUUCAACAAAUUCAACUAGAAUUAGUUGGUAAAAUAACUGGUAUGCUCCUAGAAAUUGAUAAUACUGAACUUCUUUAUAUGCUCGAAUCAAGUGAAUUACUUAAAGCUAAAGUUGAAGAAGCUAUUGCUAUACUUCAAACAUAUCAAGCUAAACAAGCAGCAACUAAUUCUGUUGCUCAAAAAAAUCAAAUAUCAUCAUUUAAAAAUGAAAAUAAAACAAAAUCCAAGCAAAUGUAUUGGCACAUAUACAUACACAGAGAUUGUCUUUUGUUUUUUUUCUUCUGCUUCGUUUACUAUUGUUCAUUUCUGUUAUUAAGUAUGAAAAAAAGUAGCUCGCUACAAAAUCAUUAUCAUCAUUAUUAAAUACUUAAAAAAAAAUUACUAAAAACACUCAUGCUUUUUGUUUUUCAAAUAUGUUCUAUUUUAACGAGCAGAAAAGAGUGAAAACUAAAAAAAAUGAAGUUCAAUACAAAUGAAACUCAAUAAAAUCUAACAACGUUCAUACUGCUUUUCCAGAAAAUGACUAGAUGCUCAUGUAAUAAUAAAAUGCCAGAUGUCGAUAGAUUAAGUCAAUCACUAUCACAGCCAUUUUACUUUUCAUGUCAUUUAUUUCUAUGUAUUGUUGUUUCUAUUUUAUUAUUAUGAUUCCAUUUAUGAAGAUAUGAAUAAAUAGAGAAAAACAAAAUUUAUCCAUAGCGAACAAAUCAUCGAAGAAUUAAAAUAUUCCCCAUUGAUGAUAAUUUAAAAAAUAGGAUGCGGAUGUGUAGAGCAACUAUGAUGCUACAUUUUACCUCAGCAACGAAGAUCUUCAAAUGGUACUCAUUUCAAUUUAAAUUCAGAAUAGGGGUGGGACGUUAUUUCUAAUUCAAUUUAAUUAAGCCAUUUUAUUAACCAAUUUUACUUAAAACUUAAAAUUAAGUGUUAAGUUUUUCUAACUCCAACUUAACCGCCUAAUAUUAAAUAUUAAUAAAAAACUUAAUUCUUAAAAAUAAUUGUUAAUGAAAAAACUUAAAACUGAAAAUUAAGUUUUAAGUUUUAAAAAGACAACUUAAUUUCUUAAUAUUCAGUUUUUUAAAAGAAAACUUUAUUUCUUAAUAUUAAGUGUUAAGUUUUUCUAAUUAACGCUUAAUUCACUUAAAAUUAAGUGAUACAUUUAUAGUUCUCACCCCCUAUUCUAUGAAGGGACCCUUAGGUCCUCAAGUCCUAUUAUAUGAGCGUACCCUUGGGUCCUGAAGUGGGUGUGGGGUGUGGGUAAGGGCGUUUGGGUGUGGGUGUGGGUGUGGGUGUGGGUGGGUGUGGGUGUGGGUGGGUGUCGGUGUGGGUGGGUGUGGGUCUGGGUGUGUGUGGGUGUGGGUCUGGGUGUGUGUGGGUGUGGGUCUGCGUGUGUGUGGGUGUGGGUGUCGGUGGGUGUGGGUCUGGGUCUGAGUGGGUGUGGCUGUGGCUGUGUAGGUGUAGGUGUGGGUGUGGGGGAUGUGGGUGUGGGGACGUCGGAUUAAAGAUAACGAUAACACUUAUAGCCGCACUCCACCCACAUUCCACUCACACUCCACCCAAACCCACACCCACAUCCACACUCACACUCACACCCACACUCCCAAAAUGAGUUAUAGAUGCGAUAUCCUCUUUUCUAAUCUCUCUCCAUACGCAACAUCCUAUUUAUGAGUUGCUUUCUCUCUCUGAAAAUUUUCUCGUUCACAUCUUUCUCUCUCCGAAAUAUCUUCGUUAUAUGUAAUUUUUUCUCUCAUCUACCAUGGUCUCAUACACAUCUUCAUAUAUAAUAUGGAGUCUUCACGUAAAGUAAACUGAAAGACGAUCCUAACUUUGUUCGACACUUUCCAUCUAUACUUGGAGCUUUCGCGAAAACAAUCAUAGCUCAUCUUCAGUGAAAACGAAACACAGGAGCGACACUGAACUGUUGCACAUCCUAAACGUUCAAAUGAAUUCUCUUCUACAACUUAUCCAUUCACUCAAUCAUGAUAAGAAUCCUAUAUACCUAUAACAAUAAUACUUAUACGAUCCGACAACUGUUCCAUCUAUUUGGGCGACGAUAAGGUA